CUAGACGCGGGCGCCGACAUCAACGUCCCGAACGAAUACGGCGACACCGCACUACAGGCAGCUUCAUCAGGAGGCCACGAGCGGAUAGUCAAGAUGCUACUAGACGCGGGCGCCGACAUCAACGCCCAGAGUAAACACGGCGACACCGCACUGCAGGCAGCUUCAUCAAGAGGCCACAAGCAAGUGGUCAAGCUCCUAGUUGAUGCAGGUGCCGUUUACCCUAGCCGCAGUAGUAGGCUUUGCUGA